AUGGCUGCCGAGCAAAGGAAGCUGCUAGAGCAGCUCAUGGGCGGGGGCAUGGCCUCGCGCAGCGCCCAGUUGCCCAUCACCGAUCCCAAAGUCUGCCGCUCCUACCUCGUCGGCACCUGCCCGCACGACCUCUUCACCAACACCAAGGCCGACCUGGGCGCCUGCCCGCGCGUGCACUCCGAGGCUCUCAAAGCCGAGUACGAGGGCCUUUCCGAAAGCGAAAAGAAAAAGCUCGGCUUCGAAUACGACUACAUGCGCGAUCUCCAGAACCGCAUCGACGCAUGCAACCGCAACAUCGACACUUUACAGCGGCGACUCGAGAAGACGCCCGACGAGGUGCGGCAGACCAAUGCCCUCCUCAAAGCCAUCUCAGACUUGGGCACGACCAUCGCCAACGGGCUGCUCGAGGUCGAGAUUCUGGGCGAAAUGGGCGAGGUCGGGCGGGCGUACGACGAGUACUACAAGGUGCGGCACGCGCAGGCGGCCAAGGCGGAGCGCGAGAAGGAGCUAAAGGCGCUGUCUGAGACCUCCGGACCUUCGGGCCACCAGAAGCUGCAGGUCUGCGACGUCUGCGGCGCGUAUCUCAGUCGUCUCGACAACGACCGCCGUUUGGCCGAUCAUUUCUUUGGCAAGAUGCACCUCGGCUUCGCGCAGAUGCGCAAGGCCUACGAUGCUUUCCCCAAGGAGAUGCGCGGGCGCCAGCGGCCGCCUAUGCAGAUGGCCGGUGCGGAUGAGGAUAUGGGCGGUACGCCAACAGGGCCUGGUGGCGGCUAUGGCGACGGCGGCUGGGGCAAGGGGCCCCGAGGGCCGAGAAGCGGUGGAGGCUUUCGCCCGCGUGGGCCAAGGCGCGGAUGGUAG